AUGGAUGUUUGGGACCAAUUAAAACUGGAGAGACAAAAAGUGGUUAAAUCUAUUUUGGCAACGCGUGGGAAGCAAUCGAAUCAGGAUUCCACUUGGACUGACUUGACCCAUUUGCCUGGACUGGCUCGACUGGACAACAAGCCAUGGAGGCAUGGAGCCAUGGAGCCCAUGAAGGAAAGUGAUGAAGCGGGUUCCAGCUGGUUUUUUCUAUACACCGAAUUGUCAAUGUUAUAG